UUCAUAGAAAGUGUUUCCUUUAAAAAAAAAAAAAAAAAAAAAAAAGCCAAUAUUUCUUUAGGGAGUGCAGUCAGUUGGUGUAGGCUCCAUGUUAGCUCUGACAGCUUGAGGGACCAUUAUAAAGGGGCGGGGCUUAGCAAACCACCAAAGAGGACAUUCUAGAACUGGACAGAAAUCACUAAGUACCAGUGAGUUUGAAAAGUCAGGAGUGACCAGAGGAGCUUCAGGAACACCACAAGUACCAGACGGUUUUAAGAAGUUGCAAGCGACCAGAGGAGCUACCACCAUGUUUGGACUGUGUGGUAUUCGACUAAAGGUUUGUUUCACAGAUGACUGACACCAUCCUCUGUAGAUUUUUCUUACUUGUUUUGACGCCUUGUGAACAGAAAAAACUUUUCUCCCAGGGCACUGUAUAGACCAGUGCUUCCAGUUGUGAGACCAAAACCAGACCUUAACAUAUUUAUUUAUGAAAUAAUUCUUCAGAUAGUGACAGUGUGGCUCCAUGUUAGGGCUCCAUGUUAGGGCUCCAUGUUAGGGCUCCAUGGUAACUCUGGCAGCUUGUGGAACCAUCAUAAGGGGCUUAGCAUUCUAGAGCCAUUCUGUUCUGACUCACGGAACUGAAUCACUACAUAUACCAGUGAGUUUAAAAAGACACAAGCAACCACAGGAGCUACUGAAUCAGUACAAGUACCAGACAGUUUAGAAAGUCACAAGUGACCAGAGGAGCUACCACCAUGUUUAGACUGUGUGGUAUUCGACAACAGGUUUGUUUCACAGAUGACGGACACCAUUUUCUGUAGAUUUUUGACUUUCUGUGUGACCUUGUGGACAGAAAAACUUUUCUCCAGUUAGAUGGCUUGUACAUAUUUUGUGUGAGCGCCUGUCAACUGUACAGAAACAUUAUUUUUCCUCUUUUCUGUCGAUGUUCAACGUAUUUUUCUCUUUUCUCAACAGACAAAUAAAACACCUGCAGAGGAACACAUGGCAGAUACAAGCAAACCCUGCUCAAGCUCUCACAUGAGGUAGGAAAACUGAUACUUUAUGUUCACGUAAAAUCCCAAUAUAUCACCUUGCUUCGGUAUCACAAUAUAUUGAAUGAUAACCCCUGUAUCGUGAUACGUAUCGUAUCUCCAGACUCUUAUUAUUUAGUGUAUUGUAUGAUUUCAUAUGUUGUAAGUGAUUAACCUCUUGAGAUCAUUCUUGCAAAUGAUCAGUGAUUUAUUUCUGACUAAAAAUGAUCUGUUUUUCUCUUUACUAACAGUGAUGCUGCCACCUCUGCUCCGGUCUCAGCGAAGCCAGCUAAGACCAGAAAACACAAAAAGACCAGGAGGAUAAUGAAACGCCUCUUCGGUCAGAGCCAGGUACGAGUGACAGAACAUGUCAGAGCAUCGUGUUAAACUCAUUUUAGUCAACUGUAACAUUCAUAUUUAGACUUUUUAGUUGUAAGUAACCACAAAGCUGGAAAUGUUUGACAUCUUUCACUCAUUAUUGUUUUCUUUUUACUCAACAGAAGACACAAAUGACACAAAAGGACACCGAGGGACGAAACGAAAGGUAAGAAAUUGAAUCCUGAAGACUUUUUUUUGUUUCCAAACCUGAAACCAAAACCUGCCAAACUUUGGCAAAUAAAAAUGAAGUUUACAUUGAAAUAACAAACCAUGUUUCUCUCCUGCACCAGUGACCCCACCUCAGCAGUGACAUCAACAGAGGUGAAACUGAAGCCGAAGAAGACUCCUUGGUGGUCUCGGCUGUUUGUUCGUUUCAAGGCUGCUGAGGAUGACAACGACGAAGGACAGAAGGAACCUAAGACAAGCAGUCCUGAAACACCAGACGAGACCACCACGGAGCAAGACACCACCCAACAAGACGUGGUCUCAGUUCAGGACAUCAAUGAGACAAAGGAGGACGAGACCAGUGAGGACGGGAUGACCCAGGAGCAAGAGACAACCGAACAAGACGUGGUCUCAGUUCAGGACAUCAAUGAAAAAGAGACAAAGGAGGAAGACACCAGUGAGGAUGAGACGACCCAGGAGCAAGAGAUGAGGACACUUCCUCAACAGGAAGAGGUGGCACCGCUUGUCUCGGGGGAGAAGAAACUCUUUUCACUCUCUGGCGGGCAGUCACACCUGUUUGACGAUGACUUCUUGCUGCCUGGGUUGCCCGACAACGCCAUGACGACAGAGGACAUCAUCGAUGUGCUGAUGGAGCGAUUCUACAGCAACACAGCGAGCGGCGUCGGCGUCAGUGGUGGUGUAAAGGGGAGCAACACAUCGAUCAGCUGCUUCGGGUGAGUACAUCUGCAUGAGAAC